AUGACUGAUCCCUUCCAGCUCCCACAUGAGUAUUCUCAGAGAGGUGAUGUAAUCAUUGGAGACAUCGUGGCUCAGUAUGGAUGUGUUUUUGAUAAAACUGCUUACACUGAAAAUCCUAGGGCUAUGGUGCUUGAUGGACUUUUUGUAUCACUGAAGAACUACCAGCAUGUCCUGUCAUUUGUAUUUGCUGUGAAGGAGAUUAAUGAAAACUCCAAGAUCUUACCCAAUAUCAGCCUGGGGUUCCAGAUCUUUGACGGCUAUUUCAAUGCAAGGAUGACUCAUCAGAACACCCUGAAGCUUCUGUCUUCCUGGGAAAGAAUUGUCCCCAGCUUCAACUGCAACAAGACAAAACGUCUGAUCGCUGUGGUCGGGGGACUUAACUCUGAAAUGGCCCUUCACAUAAUUACCCUUUUAAACAUCUACAAGAUCCCACAGUUACCUGGAGCUGGGGGCAAGGGGCUCACCAUGUGCACCAUGACUGAUCCCUUCCAGCUCCCACAUGAGUAUUCUCAGAGAGGUGACGUAAUCAUUGGAGACAUUGUGACUCAGUAUGGAUGCGUUUUUGAUAAAGCCACUUACACUGAAAACCCUAGAACUGUGGUGUUUGAUGGACUUCUCGUUUCACCGAAGAGCUACCAGCAUGUCAUUUCAUUUGUGUUUGCUGUGAAGGAGAUUAAUGAAAACUCCAAGAUCUUACCCAACAUCAGCCUGGGGUUCCAGAUCUUUGAUGGCUAUUUGAAUGUGAGGAUGACCCAUCAAAACACCCUGAAACUUCUAUCUUCUUGGGAAAGAAUUGUCCCCAACUACAACUGUAACAAGACAAAACAUCUGAUAGCUGUGGUUGGGGGACUUAACUCUGAAAUGGCCCUUCACAUAAUUACUAUUUUAAGCAUCUACAAGAUCCCACAGCUUCACCGUUUCCUGAGAAGCAUCUCAUUCAACAACAGUGCUGGAGACCUGGUCUUUUUUAAUGAGGAUGGUGAAAUAGCAGCCGGAUUUGAUAUUAUAAACUGGGUUAUUUUGCCAAACAAAUCCUUCGUAAGAGUGAAAGUUGGAAGGAUGGACCCAAAGGAGUCGCCUGGCAGAGAGUUCACCAUUAAUGAAGAGGCCAUCAUAUGGCAUAAUAUGGUUAAUCAGGUCCCUCCCCUUUCUGUGUGUAAUGACAACUGUCAACCUGGUUAUAGCAGGAAGAAGAAGGAGGGGGCACCAUUUUGUUGCUACAGUUGUGCUCCGUGUCCAGAGGAGAAGAUUUCAGAUCAGAAAGACAUGGAUGACUGUUUUAAAUGUCCACAAGACCAAUAUCCAAACAAGAACCAAGAUCAAUGCUUUCCCAAGGACUUAAACUUCCUCUCUUUCACAGAGUCUUUGGGAAUUAUAUUAGCUUCCUUGGCUCUCUUCUUUUCUUUGAUCACAGCUUUGGUGCUAGGAAUUUUCAUCAAGAACCAAAACACCCCAAUCGUCAAAGCCAAUAAUCGGGACCUCACCUAUUCUCUCCUCGUCUCCCUGUUGCUCUGUUUCCUUUGCUCCUUGCUCUUUGUUGGCCAGCCUCAGACAGUGACCUGCUACUUACGGCAAACUGCUUUCGGCAUCAUCUUCUCAGUGGCUGUUUCGUGUAUGUUGGCCAAAACUAUCACUGUGGUUGUGGCUUUUGCAGCUACCAAACCAGGCACCAAGAUGAGGAAAUGGGUGGGGAAAAGAAUGGCAAGCUCCAUUCUCAUCUGUUGCUCCCUCAUUCAAGCCAGUAUUUGUACGGUAUGGCUCUGUACUGCUCCUCCAUUCCCACAUGUUGACCCGGACUCUCUGGCUGAAGAAAUCAUAGUGGAAUGCAAUGAAGGGUCGGUCACAAUGUUUUAUUUGGUGCUGGGGUAUCUGGGAUUCCUGGCUAUUGUCAGCUUUACUGUAGCUUUCCUAGCCAGGAAGUUGCCUGACACUUUCAAUGAAGCCAAAUUUAUCACUUUCAGCAUGUUGGUGUUUUGCGGUGUUUGGCUGUCCUUUGUUCCAUCUUAUCUCAGCACCAAGGGGAAACAUAUGGUAGCCGUGGAGAUCUUCUCUAUCUUGGCCUCUAGCGCUGGGCUGCUGGCUUGUAUCUUCUUCCCUAAAUGUUACAUAAUUAUCCUGAGGCCUGCACUGAAUAUUAGACAACAGCUAAUAAGGAAAUAA